UCAUGGACUAGCUCUGCUGCUGCCUGCAAACCAUACUGCUGCAGUGCUGCUCGUCUCUUCCGUCACCGAACCUCCGCCGCCGCCGCCGUCUCUACAACAAGCAAAUAUGUCAUUUAGAGGGAGAGGGAGAGGUAGAGGAGGAAGAUUUGGAGGAGGAGGGGGUGGUGGGUUUGGGUUUGCAAGACAAGAGCCUUAUGUUGAAUUUCCUGAAGUUGAAUUACCUGAUCGCAAAGGAGUGAAGGAGGAAAGGGUAUUAGUUGUUGGAAAUGCUAAGCUGGUAAAUUUUUGGAAAUCCUCGCCUUAUUAUCUUGAAGAUACUAGUUCAAAGAAGAGCCAGAACAUGGACGUAGAAAGAUUUUCUGACCGGGGGAAGUCAAAGACCACAUUAAAACGUGAUUCACUUGGAAAUUUUCUACUACUCCAGCCUUCGAAUUUUCCUAAAGAACUUAUUGCAGGGACAAAGUGGGACCGACCAAAUCCCAAAAAAGUUCGAUGGGACUCGCACUCAGAAGUGCAAAAGUGGGAUCUGUUUGAAAAGCUUGAGCAGAAGUAUGAGGGCCGCGAUGAGAAAGGUGAAAAGGAAAAGAAAGAAGGCGAUGAGGAGGAGGAAGAUGAUGAAGAAGAAGUAGAAGAUGCGGAGGAAGAAUUAAGUGAUGAUGAUUAUAAUCAGAAUGUUGAUUUUGACGACGACGACGACGAUUACAAUGAUGCGGACGAUGGUGGUAAUGAUGAACCUGAAUAUUAGGUGCUCUACAAAGAACGUUUCCUAGCCUUUUUUUCUGACAGCUUGGUGCAAGAUUUGUGAAUAUGAAGUAUUCUAGGUGGGUUACAAAUGAGAGAAUGGUCAUUUCAGUUCAUAAACUUGUGUGCCGGAAUUAGUUAGAUCUAAUUUCAUCUAUUCGGGUCUAAUUGAUCUAGAAAUUUAUUUAUAAGUUCAGGUCAAAUGGAUUCAAAUUUUCUUA